GCGACGAGGGCCGCGGAGGCCGCCUGCAUGGCCAUCGACAAGUUCCAGAACGUGCCCGAGAGGUACCUCCUCGAGCAAGCCGUGGACGCCUGGAGGAAGUUCGGGGCGCCCGCCCCGCGCCAGCCGCUGGUGCCCGCGGGGCCCGCCGAGGCCGAGGCCGAGCAGCCGGCUGCCGCAGCGGAGCAGGCCGAGGCCCAGAAGAAAGCGGACGAGGAUGCGGCCGCUGCCCCAUCGGAGCAGGUUGAGAAGGAUAAGAAGGUUGACGAGGAUGCGGCCGUGGCCGCAGCGGACCAGGCUGAGGGGGAUAAGAAGGCCGACGAGGGCGCGGCCGCGGCCGCAGCGGGCCAGGCCGAGAAGGAUGAGAAAGCUGUCGAGGAUGUGUCGGCUGCGGCAGGGGAUCAGGCUGAGAAGGAUGAGGAAACAAUCGAGGAUGCGGCGGCUGCGGCAUUGGGGCAGGCUGAGAAGGAUGAGAAUGCCGGCGAGGAUGUGGCGGCCGCGGCAGUAGAGCAGGCUGAGUGGGAUUCGCAUGCCGGCGGGGAUGCGGCGGCGGCCGCGGCGAUGAAGGCCGAGGCUGAGGAGGGUGAGAAAGUCGCAGAGAAUUCGGCGGUCGCGGAGCAGGCUGAGAUGGAUGUGAAAGCCGGCGAGGAUGCGGCGGCUGCCGCGAAGGGGCAGGUUGAGAAGGGCCAAGUUGCCGAGGAUGCGGCCGCGGCCGCGGCGAUGCAGGCUGAGAAGGGCGCGAAGGCCGCCGAGGAUGUUGCCGCGGCCGCGGCGAUGCAGGCUAAGAAGGACAAGAAGGCAGCCGAGGAUGCUGUCGCGGCUGCGGUCGAGCACAGUUCAGCAUGUCAACGCGAGUUGCUCGUUCAUGCAAGUCCGCCAGGCUGCCUGUUUUCAGAUAUUUUUGGUUUCUUAUCGACGUCAGCGUUGAGCCGCCUACAGGAGCUCGAUGCGUCUGGUAAGGUAUCGCUGACUAAGCUGGACUCGUUCUGGACGGGCAGGGCUCGGUCGGUAACAAAGGGGCACUGCCACUGCCUAGUGCAUGGCGUGAGCUGCAAGUUUGAGGAAGGGGAGAUCUGCGUGGCAGGUAUGCCGCGCUGGGAUUUCGCACCGCUCGGCGCGCGCGGCGGCGCCGAGGGCAAGACGAAAUCACUGUUCAUCGCUUGGGUUGCUUUGAUGCGUCUAGUCGUGCCCAUGUUCAUCAUUCACGAGAACAGCCACCUCUUUGACGUGUCGUUCCUGAAACAUGCGUUCGGAUAUGCCUGCGUGGGCAUG